AUGCCCCCUUUCUGUUUGAAGGUCUUUAGGUGCAAUUUUUUUUCCCUUUCUUUUAUUUAUUGUUUGAUGUCUUUUCUAACUCUUAUACACACAAACCUAAAAAAAAAAAAGUUGGCAAUGGCGUCAAUGAAAUACGGAGAAGUUGCUUUGAACUCUGCAUUUAGAGAAGCUUGCCAACAUGGCGAUCUACCGGCGGUGAAGGAUUAUGUUUCUCGUGGGUGUGACUUGGAGAGUGCCUCCAGCGAUGGCUGCACUGGUCUGUGGUUGGCCGCGGAGGCUGGUCACACAGAAGUGGUGGAUUUUUUGUGCUCAAUAGGGGCCAAUACGAACGUUGCAAGGUCUCCUGGUGGUGCCACGGCGCUGUUUUUGGCGUCGCAGAACGGCCACAUCGCCGUGGCACGACUGCUGCUUCAAUUUGGCGCCGAUCCGAAUGCUUGCAGAGAAACUGGUGCUACGCCCAUCUUUAUCGCGGCGCAGCAGGGACACCUUGAAAUGAUACAGCUGCUUAUUCAUAGUGGGGGAACUCCCACAACUCCAAAUCAUCAGGGUGUGUCACCCAUCAUGGUGGCGGCCCAUCAAGGGCACGUUGGUUGCGUUCAGUUGCUCCUAGAGAAGGGGUGUGAUCCAUACGAAGUGGCGAUGGGGCGAAAUACAAUAGAGUGGGCUGAAGCAAGUGGUAAUGGGAAGGAGAUUGCCCAGGCGGUGAUGCAGGGGGCAGUUACCCAGCUGUCCGUAGAGAAACAGGAGGACAUUGUCUCACCGUCUGCCACUGGUGGUACCGGGAGUAAUGAGGGUGGACGGAAGGAGCAAGGCAAUGGAAUUUCUUCCCGUCCAGAGCUUAUGCGGCCAGAAACGGGAGGGACAGAAGGAAGGCAGCAAGAUGUUUCUGUCGUUUCUUUUUCCAUGAUCAACUCAGUGAGUUCUUAUGAGCCGCAGUACCUGUUGCGUGGGCGUCACACCGCAGGGGCGUUGAGUACCGUGCCUCAGGGCACCGCCAGAGAAGCAGGUAAAAGUGAACGGGGAAGGAGUAAGGCGUCCGAUUUAUAUUCCCAUGAUGGGUUUACAUUCCGAACUUCGGCGAGUCGGCAAAAGGUGUUGAUGAAGCGCGAGAAUGAAGCAAAUGCGUCUUUCAUGGCAAUGCAGCGAUCAAUGUUUCAAAAGCAUCAUGCCCGGCGGGUUGUUGGGGAGCCGCGGCCAAUAGACGUGCAAGAGACCCAGGCAAGGUGGGAUAUAUGGAAGCGAACUCUCUACGAACAAAUACGGCAAUUGGAACGGUCUGGUAAGACCUCUUCGGGGGAUUUUCUUUAG